AGAAUCUGUCAUUCACUCUGAGUAAAGCCAAAGACAGAGAGAUACCUGGAGUCCAACUGGUGGAGAGUUUUCUGCGCGUGCCUGUCCGCUAGUGCUGACCAAGGCAUCGUGCGACCGGGAUUUACUUUGGCUGCAGUGACAGAGGACUCUGCAACUCACCUGAACAGCAGACACACACACUACACUCAUUUUUUAAGCUGCUCACCUCGUGAGCUCAAAGGCAGGAGUCCAGCUGUUUUACCUGGUGGACAGCCUGUAGUUGGUGAGGCGGCGAUGUCGUGGGACUGUGGCCUGAGGUACAUGUUCUCUGUGUCCCCUGCACUGCAGUCGGGGAACAUGUGUAUCCUGCAUGACAAGGAGGACUUGUCCAGACUGGAGAUGGUCCAGAGACUGGCAAAGGAUGGUUGCCGCUUCCUGCAGAACCACAGCAAGGGCCCAGAGAGGACAAGCGAGCCCCAGAGUGACGAGGCAGUCCGCGUGUGUCUGAGGGAGAGGGGCCACGAUGUGCUGGUUCUCCAGAGAAUAUCGUCAGAGCAACCAGCCCUCUCUGCGUCGGCAAGGGGAGGAGGGAGAGAGGAGGCGAGGAACAGGAGGUACAUGGUGGUAUCAGGGACCCCGGAGAAGAUCCUGGAGCACUUGCUGAAUGACCUGACACUGGAUGAUGACCAAGGGACACAGGCCAAAGAGUCAGAUACACUUCUGGAUGACUUUCUGCUGACCUACCCAGUGUUCAUGUCAACCAGUGAUUUAUGUCAAGCUCUGUUGGGACACUAUUGCACCAAGCGACACAGAGGGAAAGAGGACAGGAAGGAGGCUCUGGAGAGGAAACGAAAAGUCCUGCACCUGGUGACAGAGUGGAUGGCCCUCUGCAGAGACUUCCUUAGGGAGGACGAGCAUGUCAAACUCUUCAUGAAGACUUUGUGUCGUUACGUGUUGGAUGAGCUCUUUGAGCACCCAGCCCUGGAGAAGGAUGUGAGGGAGCUGCAGAAACUGUACAUGCUGCAUCGCAGACAUACGGUGGAUGAAUAUUCGCCUCAAAGAAAGAGCAAAGCACUUUUCCACCAAUUGAGCCUGAAGGAGAAUGGGCUCCAGUCCAGGGCCAUGCAAAGGGAGACCAAGGAAGUGCUGUGUCAUGUCUAUAUCACCAUGGACUCGUUCCUAAGUAUGAGGGCCCAUGGUGGGGUGGUGACCCAGGAGCUGCUGCAGGCAGUGGCAGAAAGGAUGGAUGUCCCACAGGGGGAACUGGUGCUAGUGGCUGUCACUUACAAUGGAGGGAGGCUCCUCCUGCAGCCUCAGGACAGAGUUUUCUCUGAUUCUCUACGGCCGGUAGGGAGGCUGCAUGUGUGCAGGAAGGACCUGGGUGAAGUCCUGAACCCGUUCACAGACAACUCAGAGAUGCAGCAGAGGACCGCUCGCAUGCUCAGUUUAAACACUUGGGACGUGGCUGUUGCUCUCACCAACUUUGACUGGACCAUCUUUGACUCAAUACACGAGCAAGAACUCGUCUAUUUCACCUUCAGCCGCCACAGUAGCAGCAGCCACACUGUGGCGUUAGAGCUGUUGCUGCAGCGCUGCAAUGAAGUCCAGCUGUGGGUGACGACUGAGGUGCUGCUGUGCCCAACGCUCUGCAAAAGGGUCCAACUCAUCAAGAAGUUCAUCAAAAUUGCUGCUCACUGUAAAGCACAGAGGAACCUCAACUGUUUCUUUGCCAUUAUAAUGGGUCUGAACACUGCAGCUGUGAGCCGCCUCAGUCAGACAUGGGAGAAAAUUCCUGGGAAAUUCAAAAAGUUGUUUUCAGAGCUGGAGGCAGUUACAGAUCCCUCACUGAACCACAAGGCCUACAGGGACUCCUUCAAGAAGAUGAAGGCACCAAAGAUCCCUUUCCCUCCUCUGCUACUGAAAGAUAUUACGUUCAUUCAUGAAGGCAACAAGACAUUUCAUGAUAACCUGGUGAAUUUUGAAAAACUGCACAUGAUAGCAGACACAGUACGUCUUAUACGGCAAUGUCAGAAGGAUCACAUGGGAAAUGGCAUCACACAGAAGAGCAGCUCAGAAGUGCGAGCCUACAUUGAUUACCUGCAUAUCAUCGACAAUCAGCAGACUCUGUUCGAGCUGUCACACAGGCUGGAGCCUCGUGCAUAAGAGAGCAGCUCUUACUGCAUUUCCCCGCUGUGUCAGACAGACUGUCGGAUCGCCAAGGAACAAUCUAUCACUGUCUUAUCUAUCUCUCAGGACUCAGUGAGCAAUCAGAGGACGCUGCGUGAUCCUGGUCCUCAAUCAGGAAACUCUACCCAGAGACAUAAUACGCAGAAAAAUACACGUCUAAGGUUAAAUGCAUAAAUGUUUGUAGAUCCACACUGAUCCAAAUCACCUGAGAGCAGGCCGAUCUGCAGUGCUCAGCAGUUUCAACUUGUGCUACCAGGUGGCAAGAGUAAAUACAGUAUGUAUGCAAAGACCUGCGGGUGCAAACCUGUUGUUACUGUACUUUCUCACAGAUUGCAGAGGUUGGCAGGUGUAGAGCAUAGAUCAUCGAUACUCAACUUAUGGCCCAUGGCCCAAUCUGGCCCCAAAUAGGGUGCAUGGUGGCCCCUCAAGCAUUUUCUAAUUCCCAUUAAAAAUGAAAUUAUUCAAACUGGGAAUUGUUUUGGCACUUUUAGUAUAGAUACAUGAGGUCUAAGAGCUUGCUAAUAAAAAAAAAGUGCCAGUGGAGGAUCCCCCCGCAACCCCGACAGAGGUCCUAGCUAAGCCCCUAAU